CAGCACUUCUUGGGUUCCCCAGCCACUUGCCUCCCUGCCAUCUCCACAGCUAUGUUCCCGGGCUGGCUGGCUCUCGCUCUCCUGUCUGUGCUGAGCCUGGAUACCCAGGCCUUCAACAGCCAACUCUUCAAAUGCUUUGAAGAUCCCCAGUAUGAAGAGCUGCUGCAGCUGGCUCAAAGUGGACUGGGGAAGACCAAUGAAAAGAAACAGAUAGUGGUGAUUGGGGCAGGCAUAGCUGGGCUCACCGCUGCCAAGAUUCUGCAGGAUGCUGGCCACCAGGUGACUGUCCUGGAAGCUUCGGGACGUGUAGGAGGCAGAAUCGAGACCCACAGAGUUCCUGGAGCUCAGUGGUACAUAGAGCUGGGAGCCAUGAGGGUCCCUGCGAACCACAGACUCUCCCUCGAGUUUGUCCGCAUGUUUGGGUUGAGACUCCAAGAGUUCUUCCCCAAUAACAAUCAGACCUGGGUACUGGUUAACAGAGUACGUGAGCGUACAGGGGCUGUGCAAAGUGAUCCUGGCCUUCUAGGCUACCAGGUGCGGGAAGAUGAGGUGGGGAAGACUGCGGAGCAGCUCUUUGAUGAAUCACUGAGGAAGGUUGUGGAAGAACUGAAGACCAGCAGCUGCAGCCAGGUGCUAGAGAAGUACGACUCCUUCUCCACCAAGGAGUUCUUGAUCCAGGUGGGGAACCUGAGCCGCGGGGCGGUGCAGAUGAUCGGCGUUCUGCUCAACGCAGACUCUGGCUACUAUGAGGCCUUCACAGAAACCCUGCGUGACAUCAUCAUCUUCAAGGAGUCUCGGUUUGAUGAAAUCAUCGGGGGCUUUGACCAGCUGCCCCAGGCCCUGCAUCAGUCCCUAGGGCCCGGGACCGUGCGGCUUCACUCACCGGCAGAGACAGUGGAGAUGUUCCCAGACCACGUCCAAGUCACCUACAGGACACGAGACCCUCUGCAGCCCACGGUGCAGCUGACUGCGGAUUAUCUGGUUGUGGCCACCACGGCCAAGGCUGCCCGGCUCCUCCGGUUCCGGCCUCCCCUGUCCCUCAGCAAGGAGGAUGCGCUGCGCUCUGUCCACUACAGCAGCGCCACCAAAGUGGGCCUGGCCUGCACACAGCGCUUCUGGGAGAGGGAGGGCAUCUUCCGAGGCAAGUCCACCACUGACCGGCCUUCCCGCUUCAUCUACUACCACAACCAGAACUUCUCCAUCCAAGGAGGAGUCCUCCUAGCCUCCUACACCCUCGACGAUGACUCCCUGUUCUUCGCUGCCAUGGACCAUAGCCGGGUGGUAGAUGUGGUCUUUGAUGACCUGGCCGCCAUCCACUGCCCCUCCAUCCACAACUGCUCCAGCGAGGAGCUCCGGGCCCUGUGUCCCUACUCCGUGGUGAAGAAAUGGAGCCGGGACCCCUAUGCCUUGGGGGGCUUUGCCACCUUUACCCCCUACCAAUAUGGGGACCAUGCCCAGGAGCUGAGCCGUCCUGAAGGGCGGGUCUACUUUGCUGGUGAGCACACAGCCCUGCCCCAUGGCUGGAUUGACACUGCCAUCAAAUCAGGGCUCAAGGCAGCAAAGAGCAUCCAAGAGGCCGUGGACUUGGCUUCCACACAAGACUAUGGGGACCGGAAAGAGCCCUACCCUAAAACCGAGCUGUAGCCAGCCUAUGGCACCCAGGGAUGGGGAAGCUUUUAAUCACCCCCAUCCUCUAGGGAAAAUUCCAGCUCAUAAUCUCAUUCACCUUCAGCUUAGUCCAAAAAUGUCAGACAAGCUGGUGAGCUUACAGCCCCAAAAUGGAAUCCCUCAAAUAUCUGAUGUGUUCUUGACAGAAACAAUAAAGCAUUGGUUGAAUGUA